CCCGGCAGUUGCCUCGAAGCAUCGCUCCCACCAAAUCCUCCUCCGCCAGCAGCCCAGCGCCGGCGCCAACGCCGCCGAACCCCCUCCUUGUCUCAUUCCACCGAAGCACAACACAGCACAGCAGCCACCCUCGUAGUCGUCGUCUUCGUCCUUUCACCAUUACUGGUAGUGGAUUGGCGCGAUGUGGAGAUUCGCGGAUUGAUUUCUUUUGUUUAUCGAUCGAUCGAUCUCGGUUGACGCCAUAGGACUUCGGACUGGACCCGAGGUACGGGUGCAGUUCAUUUUCCAAGCAAAUGUCGGCCCCUGCAUCCAAGAGAAGCCUCCCUUCUUGGAUGGGUUCUUCUAAAGAUGGAGAGGACGAUUCAGGCAAGAAGAAGCAUGCGGGCACAUCACCGAAGGCUCAGAAAAGGCUGGAUUUCUCCAAACUUUUGGAUGGGGUUGUCGUUGCGCUAUCAGGGUUUGUGAACCCCGAGAGGAGCACGUUGCGCUCCCAAGCUUUGGACAUGGGGGCGGACUAUCGGCCCGAUUGGACAUCGUAUUGCACCCUUCUUGUUUGUGCAUUUGCCAGCACCCCCAAGUUCCGACAAGUCCAGUCGGAUAAUGGAACCAUUAUCUCAAAGGAUUGGAUCUCUGAAUCUCACAGACAAAAAAAACUUGUGGACAUCGAGCCUUACCUUAUGCAUGCUGGAAAACCAUGGCGAAAAAUAAAUGAGCUAGUCGAAUCCGAUCAAGAUCGGAAGAAGGCGCACAAAGAGCAUCAAAAACAAGUUGAGAGAUCGCAUAUCAGCUCGUCCACCUCUGCUGCCGUGGAGGCAGGACAUUUAAACUCUACAAACAAACAGUUUUCUCCAUCAAAAAUAAAACAAUGGGCAAUGGAUGAUUUGAUGCAGACUGUAUCGUGGUUGGAGAGCCAAGAUGAGAAGCCAGAGCCAAGUGAAUUGAAGGCAAUAGCUGCUGAAGGGAUAAUCACUUGUCUGCAAGACGCCAUAGAAUCUCUUGAGCAAGGCAAUGAUAUCAAGGGAGUGGCGGAGCAGUGGAGCUUCGUCCCCCAUGUUGUCAAUGAACUGUUGAAGCUGGAUGGAAGAAGAAAAGAGGCAUCUUUUCCUAAAGAACAACUCUCCCAACUAGCAAACAAAUGUAAGAAGAUUUAUCAGGCUGAGUUUGCUCGCAUGAACAUCGAUGACAAGAAGGGGAAGAAGCAUCGAAGUGACUCACCUGAAACUGAGCAUCGUGGGAACACCCGAUUGGAUGAUGAUCAUUAUGACAGCGAUGAUACGAUAGAAAUGACAGAAGAAGAGAUUGAACUCGCCUGCAGACAGCUUCCUGGACUAUGCGGAUGACACUAGCUAGGUUAGAAGAGGUGUGUGUUCCCUCUAGAACAGAAGAGGAAGAAUGCUGAAUGUCCAUCUCCAAUGGUGCUUUCGUUGUGGCUUAACAAUUUUUUCCUGCUGCCACCCGAAUAAACGAUACAAGAAUUCGCGAGUGAGUGAGGCAAACUGAAGAGUCCAGGGUUGUAAUAUGGACUUUUGCUCUUUCUUGUACAAAAACCGUCUGUGUGUAUGCAUAUGUGCCACGUCCUGGACCCACUUUAUUCA